AUGGCCACGCCCCGGCUUCCGUUCCUCUACCCGAGUUUGAUGCGUGCUGUUCGCUCAUGCGAACCCAAGACGUAUCGCUCCCUCCAAUAUGCCCGUUUCAAACAAAGUUUCCAUACUACCCGGCGAUGCGGUCAAGAAACCUACCAGCGGCGUUACGGACCAGCCGUCGAACCAAACCUGCCUCCACCAUCACGACCCAAGGACAGCCAGUCGACACAAAAUACGGACGAAGUAGUCCCUGGAAAGGAAGCAGCCCCUACAACGGACCAGACCGCUUCGGUGUCAGAAGAGUCGCAAGCGCAAGCGCAACUACAGUCGGAGUCGCAACCGCCGCAGGAGGAUAUACAUGCGGACAGCACAGACGCUGCUGCUUCCGCAGCGUCGGAGCAAGCAGCUGCCGAAUCAACCAAACACCCUGCCACAUUGGAACCUGCCCUGGAUGAGGAAGACUUGGCUGCCGAGGCCGAGACAUCGAAUACUUUCACCCCUCCACCUUCAAUGUCUGCAUCCGGUGACGUAGGAGAGGAGAUGUCGCAGAUGCCGCCAUACAUGAACCGCAGCGCUUUCGAGGAAGUCUACCACAUGCCCUCCCCGGCCACCGGCCUCACACCCACGGAAACCCUAGCGUCACACAAGCCGCCACACAUGAGCCCGGCGCCCUAUGUACACCAUUUCGAUACCUAUUCCCUCGUGCUUGAUCUAUCAAAGGGCGGAUAUAGCAACGAGCAGUCAAUCACUAUCAUGAAAGCAGUCCGCACCAUUCUCCAGAACAAUCUCGAUUUCGCAAAGCAGAGCCUGACCUCGAAGUCGGAUGUGGAAAACGAGGAGUACCUUUUCAAGGCUGCCUGCUCGGAGCUUCAGCAGUCCUUGCAGACUGCGCGGAACUCCGAAGUGCAGAGGCAGCGCGCAUCCAGGACACAGUUGGAACAUGAAACGGAUAUUUUGUCCCAGCGUCUCAACCAGGAGCUGUCCGGUAUGAAGGAUGACAUCAAGGGCAUGUUCAACGACCACAAGAUGGCCACGCGUGAGAACCAGCGAAUCAUCGAUACUAUGGUUCAGGAAUUGAACUACAAGAUCACCGUCUCGCUCAACAGCGAUGGCAAGAGCGAGAUCGAAGGCCUGCGUUGGAUUCUGACAAGACGUGCGGCUCUGACGGUCGGCAUCUGUGCUUUCAUGAUCAUCGUCUUCCUUAAAUACGCUUCCGUCCGCAGGGUCCAAGAGCCUAAGAAAGCCCAAGAGGCUGAAAAGCCUGUAACCAAGGAAAUCACCACUGAAACUCGGGUUGUCCACGACGCCGGAAUUCAGACCGAGACGCCAUCCGUUGUCGAAGCACACCUAGGCGAAUCUUUGGGUUAG